CUGCCAGUCUGGAGGAUCAACAUGCGCUCCCCUCCCCUCGCACCUAUUCCUCGAUGUUUCCCCAACUGAUACUGUAAUAUCUGCCUACCUACACGCCUCCCCGUGACAGUGGUUAAACGCCGGUGUCAGCUCUCGGUGUAAUAGAAAGACCCAGGCAGGGCUCUGGGUCUCUUCAGAAUAACAUGAAGGCGAGCGACGAGAGGAGCUCAGUGCUGAAUUAAAUCAGUCUCCGCUUAAUGGAUCUCCUAGUCUCGCUUCAGGCAGGCAGUUGCUGCUGAGCCGUCCUCAAACCGACAGCAGCAAAUCUGGAUCUUUUUUUUUUUUUUAAAUUCCGAUUAUUAAUUUUACUUUAAAUCGUUGCUUUUAAUUUUCAACGCCGUGAACGACUCAGUUCUGUUUGAAAAUGUGCUGUGCUCGUGGUGAGAUACAGUAAGCCCUCCGCUUAGUAUCGGGACGAAGGUUCCUGCUCUGCUAUCACUCAGCAGAAAUCAGCGAGAGAAAUCCGGAGAGAUCUGCCCUCCUGGAGGCUAUCAGGGAUGUGUUCUAUAACUGAGGAGUUCAACCCAGAUUCCAGCAGUUAUUCAUCUGUGCACAUGAGAGAGACAGAGAAAGGAGAGACUUGUCAAAAUCACCAAGAUGAGACGGUUUAAUGAUGGUAGCCUCUGAGGACAAAAGCUCAAGACAAGCCGAGGCGGUGAAGUCUCCCUUUGAACAUCGCCUCAAAAUUGACGCAAGCAUAUCUCAUUGAAAAGAAACUGAAAAAGGAUAGUCAGUUAUUUUUUUUUAUUGGUAUAUGGGGACAAUAUGCAUCAUCUCACACCCAUCGAUAAACACAAAACAAGUAAUCGUAAUUAUUGUGGCUCUGAAAACAGCUGAACAUCCUGCUGCAUCCCCAACAGAAUCAAAUCAAGGUACUGAAACAACUGUAAUACUAAACCCCUUUGGUUUUUUUGGAUCCAUACAUGACUUUAAGAAAAGCACAAAUGGCCUGUAGAUCAGACGGGGUGAUGAGUGCCUUGUUUUGGUCUAUAACUCUUAUAUGUUUGACUCACAUUGGCAGAGUAAGUGGUGACUGCUGGUUGAUUGAGGGAGAAAAGGGCUUUGUGUGGCUUGCAAUUUGCAGCCAAAAUCAACCACCCUACGAAGCCAUCCCACAGCAUAUCAAUAACACCAUUGUUGACCUUCGUCUGAAUGAAAACAAAAUCAAAAGUAUCCAUUUUUCUUCUCUCAGUCGCUUUGCCAACUUGACCUACCUGAACCUGACCAAGAAUGAGAUCUCAUACAUAGAAGACGGAGCCUUUUCUGCUCAGUUUAACUUGCAAGUUCUCCAAAUGGGCUUCAACAAGUUACGAAACCUGACAGAGGGGAUUCUCCGGGGUUUAGGAAAACUGCAGUACCUCUACCUCCAGGCGAACCUGAUUGAAACUGUGAUACAUAAUGCCUUUUGGGAAUGCCCCAACAUAGAAAAUAUUGAUCUCUCCAUGAACCGAAUCCAACAGUUAGAUGGGUCCACGUUUACCAGCCUAAGUAAGCUCACCACUUGUGAGCUGUAUACAAACCCUUUCAAUUGCUCAUGUGAGUUGCUGGGGUUUGUGAAAUGGCUUUCGACUUUCCCAAACCGGACAAAUGAGCGGAUGGUCUGUGACUCUCCUCGUGGUGUUGCCGGUUACAGCUUACUGAGCCAGAAUCCUAACAACCCCACAUACCGAAAUGCACUUCACAUGCUAACAACUGUGUGUACCGAUGACUACGUGACCCCAUUUAUUACUGUCUCUAUGGAGUCCACAACACUACCACCUGACUCAACACUUUGUGGGCUGGAAGACUGUUCCUCAGGCACAGAACCAGAUGACACAACCAUUGGUACAACUGAAAACGAGGUGCAGGGAACCCCUGUGAUGAAUCUAAAGGCAGUAACAAACACAGUUGCUACCGUUACAGUUCAGUUUCCUGAUCCCUUCAAGAAGCUGUAUUUUCUGGUUCUUUACAACAACAACUUUUUCACAAACCUGGACAGGCUCUAUAAAGUACAGGAAGAUGUUGAGAUUAAAAACCUUCAACCCCACUCCAACUACACAGUCUGUGUUACUUCAGAACGCAAUUCCCUUAAACAAAAUCACACAUGUCUGACAUUCUCCACUGGCCCUUGGAAUGGAAAAGACAGAGAUGUAAACAAUGCAACUGCUACUCAUUAUAUUAUGACUAUUUUGGGCUGCCUUUUUAGCAUGGUGAUUUUUCUGGGAAUUGUGUAUUAUUGUUUGCGAAGGAAGCGUCAACAAGAUGAAAAGCAAAGAAAAUCAGGAAGUCUUAAGAAAAACAUAAUGGAACUCAAGUAUGGACAAGAACUAGAAGGAGGGACUAUUUCUCGAAUGUCACAGAAGCAGCUGCUGGCUGGAGAGAACAUGGCCCGUAUGCCCUACCUGCCAUCUGCAAGUGAAAUUGAACAGUACAAGUUUCAAGAGAUAAGUGAGACUCCAAAAAUGAUGAAGGGGAACUACAUGGAUGUCCGGAGCAUGGAUCAUCAUGAGCGCAGAGAGUGUGAUAUGGGAAUGGCUGGGAACAGUCAAGGAUCAGUGGCAGAGAUUUCCACAAUUGCAAAAGAAGUUGAUAAAGUCAAUCAGAUAAUAAACAACUGUAUAGAUGCCCUAAAAUCAGAAUCAACUUCUUUUCAAGGAGUUAAAUCUGGAGCAGUGUCGACAGCAGAGCCCCAACUGGUGCUAAUAUCAGAGCACCCCCAAAGUAACCCUGGCCUUCUUUCCCCAGUGUAUAAGGACAGCUACCAUCACUCUCUUCAGAGGCAUAGAAGCUCUGAUGUCUCGCCAAAGAGGCCCAGCACUGCCACAGGUGGGCCCAUGCGAAGCCCAAGGCCUUAUCGCUCCGACUCCAAGUACAUAGAGAAAACCUCCCCAACAGGAGAGAGCAUCCUUACAGUAACACCUGCUGCAGCCAUCUUGAGGGCGGAGGCAGAUAAGAUCCGCCAGUAUAGUGACCACCGGCAUUCAUAUCCCGAUGCUCAGAUAGAGGAGCUGGAAGGACCUGAUAGCCACAAGCUGUUGGAACCCCUUACGCACUCCCGGUCCAGAGACUUAGCCUACUCCCAGAUGUCCUCGCAGUAUCACAAUCUAAGCUACUCAUCCAGCCCUGAAUACUAUUGCAAACCUUCACACAGCAUCUGGGAGCGAUUCAGACUCCACCGCAAGCGACAUAAAGAUGAGGAGUACAUGGCUGCCGGCCAUGCUCUGCGUAAGAAAGUUCAGUUUGCAAAGGAUGAGGACCUGCAUGACAUAUUAGACUACUGGAAAGGCGUUUCAGCCCAACAUAAAUCAUAAUUCAUCUAGGUGUUUUUAAAAUGGACCUUCUGUUGCUAAAAUGACACAAGAACAUCAUUUGACAUUUGAAUCAAUGGAUACUUCUCUACCAUAAUUAACUAAUCUUUCAUGUAUAUCACACUCUCUUUUGACUGUGAAGAAGAUGAGACAAGGAUUCUAAAACUUCUCUUAUUAUCUAAAGCAUUCAUCUUGGAAAAAAUAGAUUGCAAAUUAAUUAUAUAUAUGUUACAAUGGAUAUUAGGUUUUUUGGGUAUCGCAUGGCCAAGUCCUGUGACAGUGGAUUUGCUGUUGUGUAAUAUGAAUCUACUAUAUGAAGAAAAUGAAACUUUAAAAUUUUUUGAGGAACUAUUGGGACCCACACAAGCAGAACAUUUUUUUUUCUUCCUCCUUGCAUAUAUUUAAUUGAAAAAUGUGUACAGAUAUGGGUUUCUAUAUUUGAAAUGUUUGCUGUGUAAAUGGUGAAGUAUUAGUAGAUGAAUCAGGUUUAUCAAACUGACUGCUGUCUCUUUUGAAAAUAAUUUGUUAACGUCUAACUUUAGCUCUAGAACCGCAGUUAUUCCAGUACUCCUCAGAACUGCCAUAGGUUUUAUCCCCAUUUCUAGAAGCCUUAAAAAUGAGAAAGAUUAAAUUUCAACAAAUUGUAUUAUGAUCAUUUUAAUAGUUUUAUUAACUGUAUGGAGAUAAACUAUUUCGCCAAUUUGUUCUAUGAAAUUGCAUCAGACACACAUUUUCAAUCAUACUUGAUAAGUAGUAAUGCAGAACUCCCUUUUUAUACAUCAUCCCAAAAAAUUUUUCUAAUAUCAUGUCUAAUAUUUCUUCUGUGUUUUUCUUAACUUAGCAAAGGAAUGAAGAUAUUAAUCAAACAACAAACAAAAUUAGAUUAAUAAAUAAAUAAACAGAGGAAUAAAAAUGCUAUGCGAGGGAAAUAACAUUUUUGAUGAAAAAUGUUUUUAGAUUAAUGUUACCUUCACACAUUUACAAAGACUGAUUCUAACAUUCAAAAUCAGUCCCCAUGCUGUUUUAUAGAUGCAGUCAAAGUAAAAAAAAAAAUGGAAAGAAAAUACACCUUCUAAACUCUAAUGUGAGAGUUCAUAUCUGAUCCAGUCUUUACUAGGUUGUAUAUUUGUCCGAAUAUGAUCUUAUAUGCCAAAAAUGCACAGCAGAUUCCACAAUGUUUAAUAAUUUAUUAAACAAAGACAAAGCCAAAUAUAGACUGGAUUUGUGGUUUGGUUUUCUACCAACUUUCUGGGUUAUUGCACAGUUCUUGUUCUUUUAUUUGCAAAUUACAGAAGCCAAUUUGUGAUGGUCCAAGGAUGUACACAAUGCAGUCAAGUAAUCUGCAGAGCUCAAAAAUAAAAUUAGGAAUAGAAAACAUGCAAGCAGCCCCAGAAGAAGAUCCACUGGGUCUGCUAUAGUGAAUGUGAGCCAGCACUUUAUGGCUAAUGGAGAUUUGUCCUGGACUUUACUCACACAUGGGUAAUAUGGCAAGAGUGUUUUAUUGUCUUUUAGGCAAAUAUAAUGAGCACUGUAUUUGAUACCGUUUAUGUUAAUUACUUACUUUGCAGCCCUUGGUUAAAAGGUAAAAUAUUCAUUCUCCCACAACGUAAACAUCCCAUAACUAAUGCAAUGCUAACGAGGGACAUUUUAGUAAAAGCCAUAAAGUAGUAGACACCGUGGAUUCAAGUCUUACUAAGAGCUGAGAAUGUAUAAGGAGUAAAAAUAACCUCUUUGCGGUUCUAGUGUUAAAGUAAAUUCAAAGAAUUCCACCAGUUACAUUUUUGUUAUUUUUCAUUCAGUUUUGAGCUUUUUACAUGAUUCAGAUGGAUUCAGUUUUUUUAAGUUCCCUGAAUCACAAAGUGCAGUAUUUACUGGUUGGAUCCUGAAAGACACCCUACUGGCAGUAUAGAACAUGCUGAUGUUAACGUCUGUGUUUCUGUUCCAUGAACCGCCAUUUGUAUCUUUUGUACCAAAGUAGAAAAAGCUAAAAAUGUUUACAACUUUCCUGCCUAGUCUGGGGAUCAAAUUACCAUACAGUAGUAGAGCAAUAUAAUUUUAGUUAUUUAUUUUUAUAAGCUCCUCCUUUAAAUUUACAAAUUGGGAAACCGUUGUAUUCAGAAACAGGAUUUUACUUAAAAGCCUGCUGUUAAACAUUAAGACUCCAAUGGAAAGGCAGCUGUACAUUGUCAUUAUUUAGGUAGACAGAAAGCUGCCCUGCAGGGGAGCCCAAUAGAUGAAUGUAACAGAUACUUAUUCUGAUCUGUCUAUGGCAGCUUUUUCCAUGUAUUUUCAAAAAGAUUUUUGAAUCAUGCUAUUAUCUCUUGUGGAUUUCACUUUUAUUUGUCUUUUGCUUCAAUAUUUCUUCCAGCCUGCUAUAUUGCAUAAUAGGUGAUCGUAUACAGGAACGAAGAUAGUUUGUUAUUCAGAUUGGCCUUGUUGCUUGCUGAGAAGUUUAAUGUGAAUUUUAUCUGCUUAGGCUGUUAAAUCAUUUUGUAUAUUAUGAAAGCAAAGUACCAGGCACACAUCAACAUGCUAAAGUAUAGUUUUUGAAUGUGAAACUGAAUCCUCUGACUUAAUGGCUGUGAAUUUAUAAAUCAUGAUUUUUUUAAGUAAAUAUGUUAUUUCAAUCUUUUUAUUUGUAAGAUGUUUAUAUAUUUUAUUCCAACAAGGCUCAUGAUGAUUCAUCACAUAGUUAAUAACAUUUAAGAAAUAUAUUUUCUGUCACAUAAUGAAUUGUUGCAAUGUCAACAUGUAUAAAGGAGCUAAAUAUCUUUCUCAUCAUUGCUUCAACAUAUUAAAAUACAUUGUAUAGCAACCUAUUUACUCACAUUUGAAAGAAAAAAUAAUUUAAAUGUUAUCAAAGCUCAAAUUGUUUAAAAUCUAAUUUUAGCUCAUUCUCUGCUACUUGGCCGUAGUGUUAACUAUUCCAACCUCAUGACACCAAAGUAAAAAAAAAGAUAUUAAAUUAUUUAAAACUAAUUUGACGUUUAUAGCUCAACACUUGAAUACAUUUAUUGUGACUUUUAUUAGAUUCCAUUGUGGUUAUUACCAAGCUAUUAAAUAUAGUAACGGACAAUAAAGUAACAGUAAAAAACAUUGAUUCCAGUUUUACCCUGCUUUCUUAAAAAGAAACUCCAACUUCCCUCUAACUCUGGCUAGAGUAACAUUAUGCAGUGACCUGAGGUCCAUCCAGAUUUAAACAUAAUACACAAUCUAAUUAAUGGAUUAAUAAACAAAACAGCAUGCCAGACAUGUGUGUACAAGUUAUGUAUAGUUCUCAGAGUUAAGAACCUUUUCAGAAACAUUAUUAAGUUGAUUGUUUGCAUUUGUAUUUCAAACCCAUUUGUACAUUUUCUCUUACAUGACUCUGUCCAUCUCAUUUAAAUGUGUCAUGAUAUUAUUAUUUUACUCUAUGAUGAAACAUUCAUGAGCCUGAUGUGAAUGUCUUAUUUACCUUGUUUUCUGUUAAAUGGGUUGUCUGACUUAAUAUUUCAACCGCCUUAAAUUUUUUGAGAUUUAAGUAAAAGUGUAAAUUGUUGUAUUAUUUCUAAUGUUUAUAUUGUUGUUAAAUCUUCAUUUAUUAUUUUUAUAAAAAAACAUUUCAGUAUGUUUCAAGAGCUGUCAGGGUUCUAGUUUAUUUAGCUACUUAGAACCAUGUUUUUUAUAUUGCAUAUUGUAGCACUUCUGUGUCUAAUAAGAGUUCUAAGUGAUGAGGAAAACAUAUAGAGAGUGCAACAAUUGUUUGAGUGCAUCAAAACAAACAAGAGCACAAAGAUGUGUUUUUUUAUUAUUAUUUUUAAUUCUUAAAACUAUGUUAUCUGCUUUCAGACAAAGUACUGUGAAAUAAAGUUAAGGGUGCACAUA